AUGUGUGGUAUUUUGUUUUAUAAUGGUGAAAAUGUUAAACCCAAGGAUUAUAGCAAUGAUACCGAACUACUAUUAGAGUUUUAUGAGAAAGAUAUAACCAGAGCCAGAAAUAAUACUGAAUUAACAACAAGCACACAGUUUAACAGUCUAAUUCCGUAUAUUAUCUCUAGAGGACCGAACUAUUGUUCUUUAAGGUAUGAUCCUUCUUCACAGAAUUUCUGGUUUUCUAGUGUUUUAUCUCUAAGAAGCCCAUUUACUAAACAAUGUGUUUCCAAUGAAAGAUAUGUUUUGCAAUACAAUGGCGAAUUAUAUAAUGAUUGUACCACUGCUAGUUUGCUCGAGUUUGAGAAUGACACCAUGUAUAUUUUAAAAGAGUUAUCAUCAUCGGAACAUGGAGUUACAGAUGUUAUAGGGAAAUUGAAUGGGGAAUUUGCUUAUACGAUUUAUGACAAAUUAGAGAGUUGUGUCUAUUUUGGUAGGGAUAAAAUAGGCCGCAGAAGUUUAAGUUACCAGCUUAACUCAGAUGACAAUGCAAAUACCAGCAUAUAUAUCACUAGUUGUAGUGGUAAAUCUCAAGGUAGUUUUAUUAACUGUGAUGGUGGUGUCAUAUAUAAAUAUGCUAUAAAUCAACAUACGUUAACUGAAGUGGGUAGUAUAAAACCAGAUUAUAUGGUCACGAAUAUGGUAGAUUUGGAGUUCCAGCAUAUGGAUACAAAAAUUGAUGAAUUAUAUGAACUAUUGCAAAGUUCCAUUUACAAAAGGUUGGUUACAAUUCAUCCGUUGCAUGCCGAACAAAAUCCUAUUUCUGUUUUAUUUUCUGGUGGAUUAGAUUGCUCUAUAAUUGUUAGUUUAAUAUGCCAAGAGUUAGUGAGACAAAAUAGAGAAAAAGAUAUCACUAUAGAAUUGUUAAAUGUUGGAUUUGAGAGUCCAAGAACUAAUAUGAAACCGAGUGAAACCCCUGAUAGACUUUUGGCUAUUGAGUCUGCCAAAAUAAUCAAAGGAAAUUUUUCCGAUAUAGAUAUAAGAUUGUUGGAAGUAGAUGUAUCUUAUCAAGACUAUGUUAAGUUCAAAGAACAUGUUGUUGAUUUAAUAUAUCCCAAAGCAACAGUAAUGGACCUUUCUAUUGCCAUUGCAUUUUAUUUUGCAGCUGGUGGUAAAAGUAAUUCUGGGUAUAAUAGAAAUGGCAUAGUUCUUUUCAGUGGGCUAGGCGCAGACGAAUUGUUUGGUGGUUAUUAUAAAUUUCUUCAUAAAAGUUUGUCUGAGAUACAAGUUCAAUUAAUUAAAGAAAUAAAUAAUAUACACGAUAGGAACUUGAGCCGUGAUGACAAAGUAAUAUCUUCGCAUGGGGUUGAAGUGCGAUAUCCUUUUUUGGAUGACGAUUUGAUUGAGUUUACUACAACUUCUAUUCCGUUGAAUUAUAAAGUAAAUAAGUUGAUUUUACGGAAAUUAGCGUUUAAACAUUUGAAUUUGGGUAAAAUAUGCGAAGAACCUAAAAGAGCUAUUCAAUUUGGUUCUAAAACUGCCAAGAUUGUGGAUGGGAAGGGCAAAGGUACUGACAUUUUAUAA